GUCGUCCUACGUUCGUUUCGAAUUUUAAAUACCUUCAUCUUCCGCCAUGCCAUUUCGCUAAUUCUCGAUUACUGACCCAACUUCCCAAUUUUGAAUGUCCUGUCUACCAUUUUUGGCCCUUUCUUGGGAAGAGUCAUCAUAGUCAAAGUUCUUUUUGGUCUCAUGCAGAACUCUCCAAGAUUUUAUUGCCAUCCAAGUUACUUGUAGCUAAAAUGCUGCUACCCAUACUUACAAUAGCCUUGUUGGCAUCACUCGCCUCCGUGAGAGGUUCCUCUGUUCAGAUGGACCUUCAGAUGAACGCUGGUUGUGGCUUUCACCUUACCACAACAGGCGGAUAUAAUGGCUCAGUGGGACAGCUAGGUAAUGGUCAAGUCAGGGCUGGGAGCGAUUUGUCGCCGUCUCUGUUCACUUGGUUUGGGGACGCCUUCGCUGACCAGCAGGGUAGAGGCUGCUGGUGGACUCCUCCUACCUCUGUCCUCCAGUGUGACUGGAACCAGCAACCAGCCCACGGUUUCGCAAUCGGGUGUAACGGUGGCGUUUCGUACAGAGAUCAGACUGCAUUCUACGAAUGUCACACCGGCGACCGCGACGAAGUCAACUUGUAUUUGCAGCCGAGGGGGGUUGACUGCUUAACAGUUAUGAUACACGCUGAUAGCUGUCGACCUCCAUGUGCUGGAGAAGGCUCUUCAUCACACCUACCCUCACCUAAUCCUACACCAACACCCUCCCAAACCCCAACAAGUCCGACGGGUCAGAACCCCUCAGACACGGGAUCACCUACGACCUCUUCUCCUACACCAAAAAACACUCACCCACCGGGCGAAUGCGACGUAGUCAUCGCCGAAGGCCCCGACGAAAUCAUCUUAAUCGACAGAGCCAACCCCGACAUUGCCUACGGCCCAAAUCCAGACAUGAUCGUGCAGCUCUCCCCAAACGCAUCCACCAUCUUUGUCUUCCGCCUCUCAUCCUCCGACGCAGGCAAAGAAUGCGGUUUCAUCUUCGACCUCCCCUUUCCCUCGCAACCUCUUCCCUACCGUUUAACGGGUUCGGGUUUAGUUAGUUUCGCGGUCUUAGACGGGCCUCAGUUGGAGUCCGGAAAUACGACUUGGAAUGGAACACCGGGCGUCGCGAUGCCGCUUGAGUCCGUGACCCUGAAGCCUGGCAUGCGUAUUGAGCCGGUGAGUUUCCCGUGCCCCAGCGCGGAUACUGAGGUUGCGGUUUUGAUGACGGAUGGACUGGAGUCGGAUGCGUGUUUGGAGUAUGAGCAGUUAGACUCGGGGACGCCGAUGGGGCUUUAUCUUGUGAAGUGCUGAGUGCCAAUGCCAGACUGGGGAAAACGGGGAGUUUGGUUGAGGCUGGGGCUGGAAUAGGGGUAUUAGGAUUUUUGGUCUGGAGGUUUGGUGGAUAUACUACUCCCUCUUCCCCCUUUUUGGAACGAUGUUUUGGAGUUGUAUAUUAGGUUAUACUGAGACAUGCAGAGUCGGCGUGAGGUUAUUAGAACUCA